AUGAAGCAAUCAAAGGGAAUCGCUGUUUUGGCAAAAGGUGUCGCAUCAUGUCCUGCUCAAGCAACCGCCUAUGGUCAAUGUAUUGCUUCAAGCUAUAAGGAUGUUCAAAAAGACAUGUGUCAAAAAGAAUUUGCGGCCUUCAAAUCCUGUGUUCAACAAGUUUUGAAGAAGAAAUGGUAG